AUGUUUGAUAGUUCGCAGUACCCCUAUAAUUGCUUCAAUUACGAUGCGGACUACCCCGCCGGCAGCUCUGAGGAAGAGAAGCGGCUCACGAGGCCCGCAUACAGCUACAUCGCCCUGAUCGCCAUGGCCAUUCAGCAGAGCCCAGCGGGCAGGGUUACCCUGUCGGGCAUCUACGACUUCAUCAUGCGCAAAUUCCCCUACUACCGUGCCAACCAGCGUGCCUGGCAGAACUCCAUUCGUCACAACCUGUCCCUCAACAGUUGCUUCAUCAAGGUGCCGCGGACCGAGGGCCAGGAGAAGGGCAAGGGAAACUACUGGACGUUCGCUGGCGGCUGCGAGUCGCUGCUGGACCUUUUCGAAAACGGCAAUUACCGGCGCCGGCGCCGGCGGCGCGGUCCGAAACGGGAGGCGCCACAGCGCGCACCGGUAGGAGCCUCCGAAGGGCCCCCGGGUCCUGGGGAGCCCGACAGCUUGCGGGACUCCCCUACUCUCCGAGAGCCUCCGCCCUCCACCAGGCCUGCUGAGCCCGGAACGGAGGAGCACAGGGACAUCAAGUUCAGCAUUGACUACAUCCUCUCUGCCCCUGACCCCUUUCCUGGGCUCAAGGUACCCUAUGGCACUCCGGGGGGCGGAUAUCCCCAGCUGGAGGCCCAACAAGUGAACCUCCACUUUUGGACUUUGUGA